GCCGCCCACGUCAACAAAAACAUCGUCUUAUGGAUGGCUUCGUAGCUAGCUCCAGUAUCGAUUUUGGAGAGCUCUGGGCUACUUUCUGUUUGAAGGAGAAAGCGGCGCUUCUCCAGUAACCCCUACCGGUGCAUCGGGAGAACGCUGGGCGAGAUCCUGAAAGUGGGGUGGUGUCUAUACUACGUAAGAAGGGGGCUGCGUUUCUCCACAGCCAAUACAUGAGCUCUUCAACUGUCAACACAACCUGCGUGUGAUUCACGCCUCUGCUGUGCUGUGGCUACUACAAGGACACAUUCUCCCCUAGCAUAUACCAUAAAUAAGAAGAACUUUCGGUGAAGAGCGUGGAUAUCCCAACUAUUACAUGGAAUCGUAGUUGUUUGUCUACCAGCCAUCCAGCUAUACAUGAACAACUGAAACUUGUGUGUGCUAACAAACCUCGUCGAACGUAAAGUAUGGGCAACUGUUGCACUGGAUCACCUACCACGGACCACCCGUUCACACCCGAUCACUCCCUCCCUCCUCCCCACUCCGCGUUUGGUAGCUCGUCCCCCCAGCUGGGUGGGGCAAGCUCGAUCGCCGUGGCAACGGGGCCACGGCAACAGUCGAGUGCGGCACCAUACUCUGCCGCAGGUGCAGCUGGUCUUGGUGGUGGUGGUGAGGAUGCCACGGACUCUGUCGUUGUCGUGAGGUCUCCCGAUACUGUCGUACAUAUGGCUGACAGAGAAGAUUUGACCAAUCAGGUUGGAACCAUGUUCCUACACAAGGCCAAGGAGGCUAGGAAAAUGAUGGCAAACGGAGCUGGAGGUAACACGCGGUCGGGUUCUGAGCGACAGAGACACAGCAGUGCUCGUCUCUCCCACCCGUCUCGUGGCUCCUCCCCCGUCACCAUUCAGAAGGCAAACUCUUGCUCCACAAUUUAUACCGACGACAGUACAGUCAGUCUACCCAACCUCAAGUAUACACUAAAAUGUGUAUCACUGGCUGUCUUUUAUCACAUAAAGAAUAGGGAUAGGACCCGACCCCCAAGAACACUGCUAAUAUUUGACGAGAAAGAGCACCCACUUACACGUGAGGAAGUUCCUCCUCAUUAUGCCGACUACACACCAGACCACAAGAUAAUAUACAAGUUUAUAAAGACACUGUUUCAUGCUGCACAGCUCACGGCUGAAUGUGCCAUCAUAACACUUAUCUACCUGGAGAGAGUGCUGCACUAUGCAGACCUAGAUCUCCAUCCCAGCAACUGGAAGAGGAUUUUACUGGGAGCCAUUCUACUGGCCUCCAAGGUCUGGGAUGACCAGGCUGUGUGGAAUGUGGACUACUGCCAGAUCCUCAGAGACAUCUCAGUUGAAGACAUGAAUGAGCUGGAGAGAGUGUAUCUUGAGCAGCUACAGUUCAACAUCAACGUGGCGUCCAGCACCUACGCCCAAUACUACUUUGACCUUCGCUCCCUGGCAGAAGACAACGGACUGUCCUUCCCAAUGAAUACGAGGCUCUCACCAAGGAGAGGGCAACACAACUGGAGGCUCUGUCAGAAACGUAUGACUUUGAUCACAAACACAACCUGAAGAAGUCGGCUAGUUCCGAACCCAUUGCAUCGAGGCAAGUGGCCGUCUUGAUGUAGCGUCUGUCCAUACUCUAGGUCUUUCUUGUACGUACUUGUGUCUUUUUAGUGGGAGAAUUAUAGUAUCGGCAUCCUUUUGAUGCAUUUUUAACUCUUUUUACAGUUUUUUUUGAAUGUGUAGAGGUUUGAUCUCUCCUUCUUGUUUUAUGUGUCUUUGUACCGUGCAUACAUGACUGUGACAGAUUUUUUUUAACUUCGAUGAUUAUUAUUAAUGAUAGCUCAGUCUAUCAGUUAUUGGCAGUGUCAUCUGAAUUACGAUUAUGUUACGAUGACGAUUAUUGAAAAUGUGUAUAUACCCAGGAAGUCAUUUUUGCAAAUAUUGCCCCUGAAAUGCAGACACCUCUCAAUAUUUCUUCCAUGCAACCUCUGAAAUAAGGACACCUUGCUAACUUUGUUCUGUCCCGCACUUACAUUCCCCCCAUUGCCAGUGUGAACAUCACAGGUUUUAAACAGAGUAAAAAGCCACAGAGUGCAUAUACAAUUGAAUACCGUGUGCUUUUGGACACAAAAGAACAAACAAAGUGCAUGCGUAUUGUGAGUGUACAUAAUCGAUGUGUUUGCAAGUAGACGACUAUUGUUGGAGAGCUAGAAACCUGUCCCUAAGCCUGUCCACUUGUCAGGGACGAUGGUAAAGUAUCUGUCGAUGGCUUCGCAGAAUCUCUUGCGGUAGAGUUCGGGGUAGACCACGGUGGGCAGGACCCGGCCGGCCGUCUUCUUGAUGUACAUCUCCAGUCUCUUGUCCAGAGUGAACGUCCGGACGUAGUC